AUGAGCACAUACUUCUACCAUGGUCUCCAAUUGGAAGAAUGGGAGGUGCGAGACGCACUCCAGAAGCAAAUCAGUGAAUUCGAGAAAGCCGAUAAUCUGGACCAGACCAAGACAGCUGAGGAAAGAGCUGCCAAAAUAAUGGUCGAGUCGGGCAUUCUCAUAACUCAGAUGGGCAAUUGGAUCAGUGCCGCCGGAAUAGGGUUGAAAACGCGUUUGGUGCCACCAAUAUCUUCCAAUGACCAAUAUCUCGUCUUACAGGCUGCCUUCCACGUACUACAGGCUGCAUAUUCUACGUUUGGACUUGUGAGCAACUGGGCCAUACUCUCAUCAUCUCAGCGGGCUACAGUCAUUCUCCAAACUUUGCAGAUGGUCACAGACGGUAUUAGCAGCGCGAUGGACUCCUGGAAGCAAUUUAUGAACGGUGUUAGCCAGCCAGCCGAUACGGCAACCGCCUUGGAAAAGCUGAAUGAGUCCCCGACAUCGUCGACGAAAUAUGGCGAAGAUGGGGCCUUCCGGGAGAAGCUGGGUGAUCAUGUCACCGGUGAUGGGAUCCCAAGCUCGGAGGAAACAAUUAUUGAAGACGACAUAUGGGACGAGCUCCUCGAUGAGCCAGCUGCUGAAGUACCUCCUGGGGGUGAGGAGGAAGCGGGGAAGUUUCCAUCUCGGGCAAGCCUGACGCGCGAUUGGGACAAUCUGAGCGUCCCUGGAACGGUUAUCACUACUCUGACAGUGGCCGCCCAGGGACUGACUGUACUCAUCGAUGUGUUUUAG